AUGUCCACCUCCACAUCCCAAAUAUUAGGUUUCCUCGUAUCCAACCUGGGACUAGUGGGCUGCAUCGCUGCCACUGAGAUGGACAUGUGGGGUAUACAGGACCUGUAUGAAAAUCCUGUCACUUCCGUGUUCCAGUACCAUGGACUCUGGAGAAGCUGCACAAGGCAGAGCUCAGGGUUCACCGAGUGUCGGCCCUACUACGCCAGCCUGAGACUUCCAGCCAUGCUACAGGCGGUGCGAGCCCUGAUGAUCGUGGGCAUCGUCCUGGGUGCGAUUGGGCUCUUGGUGUCCAUUUUUGCCCUGAAGUGCAUCCGUAUUGGUAGCAUGGAGGACUCUGCCAAAGCCAACAUGACCCUGACCUCUGGGAUCAUGUUCAUCAUCUCAGGUCUUUGUGCAAUUGCUGGAGUGUCUGUGUUUGCCAACAUGCUGGUUACUGACUUUUGGAUGUCCACAGCGAACAUGUACACUGGGAUGGGUGGAAUGGUACAGACUAUUCAGAACAGAUACACCUUUGGUUCUGCUCUGUUCGUGGGCUGGGUCGCUGGAGGCCUCACACUGAUCGGGGGUGUGAUGAUGUGCAUUGCUUGCCGAGGUUUGAUGCCAGAAGAAACCAACUACAAAGGUGUGUCUUACCAUGCCCAAAGUCAUAAUGUCAGUUAUAAGCCUGGAGGCUUCAAGGCCAGCACUGGUUUAGGGUCCAACACCAAAAACAAGAGGAUAUACAAUGGAGCUGCCCAUGUUGAGGACGAGAUGCAACCCCAUCCUUCCAAGUACGACUAUGUGUAG